CUGCAGCAGCUGCAAUAUAUUCACUUCGAGCCAUGGCUGGAAUCAAGGUUGAUCUGUUGGUGGUGCUGGUACUAUCUGUGACUAUGCUCACGGGCCCAGUGCGGGGAUGGAAACCGAUCAACGGAGCUCAAAUUAAUCAUUUCUACGAGACCGGGCACUGGGGAGAAACAAGCGUGAUCUCCACAGAUGAACACAGGGUGGAUGACGAUGCGAUUCCUGAGGAUGAGUGGCCUGAAUUUGCAAGCCCCUCCACCGACGGAAACCCAAUGGCUGCUCCCCAUGGAUUUGAGGUGGAUGUAGAAGCUGCGCAUCCAACAAACUGGGCCAUUGCUUCCAACAGUGGCUUUGAGGUGGAAUUUGAUGAUGAUGCCCCAGAAAGAAACAUGGCCAGAGGUAGUGAACGUGAAUUCCAGAUGGGAUUUGAAGAUGCCCCUCCAAGAAACUGGGCCAGGGGUACCAAUAGUGGAUUUCAGGUGGACUUUGAUGAUGAUGCACCAGGAAUAAACAUGGCCAGAGGUUUGGAGCAUGACUUUCAGACAGGAUUUGUAAAUGCCCAUCCAAGGAGCUGGACCAGCAGUACAUGUCCGACUUCUUCUGGGUUAAGUGUGGCUUGUAGUGAAGCUGGUUUCAAGAUUGUGCCGACAGGUUCCCUGAGUGACGUUAAAGUUUUGGGCUCAAAGGAACUGCUGUCUGUCAAGGAUGCGCCGGAGUUUUGUGGCUAUAAAGUAAACGCUUUCGAGAAAACCUUGACUGUACCAUUCACUGGGUGCAAUGUGAAACAUACUGAUGGCUACAGCCUGCAACUGUUGUACGUCGAUGAUUUUGAUAGGACACAAGUCACCACUGCGUUUUGUGACGAAGUGCCCAACCAUGGCCUGUUCCCUCGCACCAGUGGCUUGGUCAAACCCAGGUGUGUCAUCACACCAACGCCAAAAAAGGCAACAAAUUGUGUCGUCGCCUCAGGGGAGCGGGUAGCUUGUGGUUCGUCAGGAAUAUCUUCCGCAGACUGUGAGAAGGCUGGAUGCUGUGUGGAUUCUUUCACAACGGCAUGCUACUACCCGCUGGAUGAGUGCACUGGGGAUCAACACUUUGUUUUUGCCAUUCGCUCUGACUCUGCAUCCAUCCCUUUGGACCCAACCAAGCUCACCAUUCCUGGGAGUCCAACUUGUAAACCAGUCAUUGUUAAUGACAAGGUUGCCAUCUUUAAGUUUAAAGUUACAGAAUGUGGAGCUAAAAGUUAUGAAGUUGCUGGGACAAAGAUCUACCUGGCUGAAGUGCAGACUAUUGUCAAAGCUUUAAAUCUUAAGUAUGGCAUAAUAACAAGAAGUGAUCCCCUCAGAUUCAUGGUUGAAUGCCGCUAUGGUCAGUCGGGCUCUGCUGCACAGUCUCUCGCAACUGUAGGCUACAUGGUCAAGACUCCGACUUCCAGCUUGCCGUCGUCUGUCAUCUCUGAUGGCUUGUAUGGUGUACAACUGAGACUUGCAACAGAUCAGACGUAUUCAAACUACUUGGGAGAUGCCAAGCUGCCCCUGCGACUCCUCCUUGGCAAACCAGUGUAUCUUGAACUGCGGCUGCGGUCCCCAAAACCGGAUGCAGUCAUUCUUGUCAACUAUUGUGUAGCUUACCCUCGCUCUGCAAAGAAUGCCUUGGUGCUCAUUUAUGAAGGGUGUACCAAUCCUUAUGAUACAAAUGUGUCCAUCCUUAAAGUCAGUGACCUUCCCAAAAACCGUUACCAGAGGCGCUUCAUGGUCCAGGCCUUUCAAUUUAUGGAUCAAGUGACAAACAAGUACCUUGAUGAAGAAAUCUACUUCAUGUGCUCUGCUGAAGUCUGUAGGACAGAAGAGAAGACUUGUGCAGAACGAUGCUUUGAUGGAAAGACACAAUAAGGAUCUUCAGCUGAAGACGUUAAGAAAAAAUUUUAUGACUGGGAGGAAAAUAAAAAUGUUUUUACAAUCCA